AUGGACGGGGACGUGGACGCGGACGUGGAUCUGGACGUGGACGGGGACGUGGACGCGGACGUGGACCUGGACGUGGACGGGGACGUGGACGCGGACGUGGACGCGGACGUGGACGCGGACGUGGACGUGGACGUGGACGUGGACGCGGACGUGGACGCGGACGUGGACGUGGACGUGGACGUGGACCUGGUCACGUGGACGUGGACGUGGACGUGGACGUGGACGUGGACGUGGAACGUGGACGUGGACGUGGACAUGGACGUGGACGUGGACGUGGACGUGGACGUGGACGUGGACAUGGACGUGGACGUGGACGUGGACGUGGACAUGGACGUGGACAUGGACGUGGACGUGGACGUGGACGUGGACAUGGACAUGGACGUGGACAUGGACGUGGACGUGGACAUGGACGUGGAGGUGGACGUGCACGUGGAGGUGGACCUGGUCGUGGACGUGGACGUGGACGUGGACGUGGACGUGGACAUGGACGUGGACGUGGACAUGGUCGUGGACGUGGACAUGGUCGUGGACAUGGACAUGGUCGUGGACGUGGACAUGGACGUGGACGUGGUCGUGGACGUGGACGUGGACAUGGUCGUGGACGUGGACGUGGACGUGGUCGUGGACGUGGACGUGGACGUGGACGUGGACGUGGUCGUGGACAUGGACGUGGACGUGGACGUGGUCGUGGACGUGGUCGUGGACGUGGACGUGGACAUGGACGUGGUCGUGGACGUGGACGUGGACGUGGACGUGGAGGUGGACGUGGUCGUGGACGUGGACGUGGUGGACGUGGACGUAGACGUGGACGUGGACGUGGACGUGGUGGACGUGGACGUGGACAUGGACGUGGACGUGGACGUGGACGUGGACGUGGACGUGGACAUGGAUGUGGACGUGGACGUGGACAUGGUCGUGGACGUGGACGUGGACGUGGACAUGGUCGUGGACGUGGACAUGGACGUGGACGUGGACAUGGACGUGGACAUGGACGUGGACAUGGACGUGGACAUGGACGUGGACGUGGACAUGGUCGUGGACGUGGACGUGGACGUGGACGUGGACAUGGUCGUGGACGUGGACAUGGACGUGGACAUGGACAUGGACGUGGACAUGGACGUGGACGUGGACGUGGACGUGGACGUGGACGUGGACAUGGACGUGGACGUGGACGUGGACGUGGACGUGGACGUGGACGUGGUGGACGUGGACGUGGACGUGGACGUGGAAGUGGACGUGGACAUGGACGUGGACGUCGACAUGGACGUGGACGUGGACGUGGACGUGGACGUGGACAUGGACGUGGACGUGGACGUGGACGUGGACAUGGACGUGGACGUGGACGUGGUGGACGUGGACGUGGAGGUGGACGUGGACGUGGACGUGGACGUGGACGUAGACGCGGGCGUGGACGUGGACGUGGGCUUGGACGUGGACAUGGACGUGGACAUGGACGUGGACGUGGACGUGGACGUGGACGUGGACGUGGUGGACGUGGACGUGGAGGUGGACGUGGACGUGGACGUGGACGUGGACGUGGACGCGGGCGUGGACGUGGACGUGGGCUUGGACGUGGACGUGGACGUGGACAUGGACGUGGACGUGGACAUGGACGUAGACGUGGACGUGGACAUGGACGUGGACGUGGACAUGGACGUGGACGUGGACAUGGACGUGGACGUGGACGUGGACAUGGACGUGGACGUGGACGUGGACGUGGACGUGGACAUGGACGUGGACGUGGACAUGGACGUGGACGUGGACGUGGACGUGGACAUGGUGGUGGACGUGGACGUGGACGUGGACGUGGACGUGGACAUGGUCGUGGACGUGGACAUGGUCGUGGACGUGGACAUGGUCGUGGACGUGGACAUGGACGUGGACGUGGACGUGGACGUGGACGUGGACAUGGUCGUUGACGUGGACAUGGUCGUGGACGUGGACGUGGACGUGGACGUGGACAUGGACGUGGACAUGGACGUGGACGUGGACGUGGACGUGGAAAUAGAAGUGGACGUGGACGUGGACGUGGACGUGGACAUGGUCGUGGACGUGGACGUGGACGUGGACGUGGACAUGGACGUGGACGUGGAUGUGGACGUGGACGUGGUGGACGUGGACGUGGACAUGGACGUGGACGUGGACGUGGACGUGGACAUGGACGUGGACAUGGACGCGGACAUGGACGUGGACGUGGACAUGGACGUGGACAUGGACGUGGACGUGGACCUGGACGUGGACGUGGACAUGGACGUGGACGUAAACGUGGUAUUGGACAUGGUCAUGGACGUGGACAUGGACGUGGACGUGGACGUGGACGUGGUGGACGUGGACGUGGACGUGGACGUGGCCGUGGACGUGGGCGUGGACAUGGACGUGGGCGUGGACGUGGACGUGGGCUUGGACGUGGACGUGGACAUGGACGUGGACGUGGACAUGGACGUGGACGUGGGCGUGGACAUGGACGUGGGCGUGGACGUGGACGUGGGCUUGGACGUGGACGUGGACAUGGACGUGGACGUGGACAUGGACGUGGACGUGGACGUGGACGUGGACGUGGACACGGACGUGGACGUGGACGUGGACAUGGACGUGGACAUGAACGUGGACGUGGACAUGGACGUGGACGUGGACGUGGACAUGGACGUGGACGUGGACGUGGACGUGAACAUGGACGUGAACGUGGACAUGGACAUGAACGUGGACGUGGACGUGGACGUGGACAAGGACAUGGACGUGGACGUGGACGUGGACGUGGACAUGGACGUGGACGUGGACAUGGACGUGGACAUGGACGUGGACGUGGACGUGGACAUGGACGUGGACGUGGACAUGGACCUAGACGUGGACGUGGACAUGGACGUGGACGUGGACAUGGUGGUGGACGUGGACGUGGACGUGGACGUGGACAUGGACGUGGAAAAGGUGGUGGACGUGGACGUGGACAUGGACGUGGACAUAGACGUGGACAUGGUGGUGGACGUGGACGUGGACGUGGACGUGGACAUGGACGUGGACGUGGACAUGGACGUGGACGUGGACGUGGACGUGGUCGUGGACGUGGACGUGGACGUGGACAUGGUCGUGGACGUGGACGUGGACGUGGACGUGGACGUGGACAUGGACGUGGACGUGGACGUGGACGUGGACGUGGGCGUGGACGUGGACGUGGACGUGGACGUGGACAUGGACGUGGACAUGGACGUGGACGUGGACGUGGACAUGGACGUGGACAUGGACGUGGACGUGGACGUGGACAUGGACGUGGACGUGGACGUGGACGUGGACGUGGACGUGGUGGACGUGGACGUGGACCUGGACGUGGACGUGGACGUGGACAUGGACGUGGACGCGGACGUGGACGUGGACGUGGACGUGGACAUGGACGUGGACGGGGACGUGGACGUGGAGGUGGACGCGGACAUGGACGUGGACGCGGACGUGGACGCGGAGGUGGACGUGGACAUGGACGCGGACGUGGACGUGGACGCGGACAUGGACGUGGACGUGGAUAUGGACGUGGACGUGGACAUGGACGUGGAUAUGGACGUGGACGUGGACGUGGACAUGGACGUGGACGUGGACGUGGACGUGGUGGACGUGGACGUGGACAUGGACGUGGACGUGGACGUGGACAUGGACGUGGACGUGGACGUGGACGUGGACAUGGACGUGGACAUGGACGUGGACGUGGUGGACAUGGACGUGGACGUGGUGGACAUGGACAUGGACGUGGACGUGGUGGACGUGGACAUGGACGUGGACGUGGACGUGGACGUGGUCGACGUGGACGUGGACCUGGACGUCGACGUGGACGUGGACAUGGACGUGGACGCGGACGUGGACGUGGACAUGGACGUGGACGCGGACGUGGAGGUGGACGUAGACGUGGACGUGGACGCGGACGUGGACGUGGACGCGGACAUGGACGUGGACGUGGACAUGGACGUGGACGUGGACAUGGACGUGGACAUGGACGUGGACGUGGACAUGGACGUGGACGUGGACGUGGACGUUGACGUGGACGUGGACGUGGACGUGGUGGACGUGGACGUGGACAUGGACGUGGACGUGGACGUGGACAUGGACGUGGACGUGGACGUGGACAUGGACAUGGACAUGGACGUGGACGUGGUGGACAUGGACGUGGACGUGGUGGACAUGGACGUGGACUUGGACGUGGACAUGGACGUGGACUUGGACGUGGACAUGGACGUGGACGUGGUGGACGUGGACGUGGAUGGACAUGGACAUGGAUGUGGACAUGGACGUGGACGUCCACGUGGACAUGGACCUGGAUAUGGAUAUGGACGUGGACGUGGACGUGGUGGACGUGGACGUGGACAUGGACGUGGACGUUGA